UAAAGACAUAUUCUUAUGUAUUAUUUUGAUGCCUACAAUUUGCUAAACCACCCACUCAUGUCGGCGCAGAUGGUGUAUUCCAAUGUCCUCUGUCUGGUGAGUGAAUAGCAGAAGGCCGUACAUAGCUUUCUGUAAACAAAAGCAAGCAUGGUUAACUUUGUUACUUUCGCCCGUGAACACUGGAUGAACUUGCUGGUGCCCAUGGGCUUUGUGAUCGGGUGGUACCUCGACAAGCAACAGGACAAUAAGCUGACCGCUUUCAGGAACAAAAGUCUUUUAUACAGCAGGGAGCUGAAGCCUGGCGAGGAAGUGACUUGGAAAUAGACUUCUUCACCCCAGUGUUUGUCCACUAUGGCGCAGUGUGAAUGGCUGAUGGGUGAUACUAAAAUAAGAAUAUUUAAAAAGGCUCAUGUGUCUUUAUUUUUGAGUUGUAUCAACCAACAAUAAAUGUACUUUCCCAUCAAA